UGGUGCACAUGUUAUCAUUAAGUUUAUUCAACUUCACGAGAGUUGUUCUUUUAAAAAAAAAUAAAAAUAAAAAAUAAAAAAUUUUUACAGACUAGUCAAGACACUGUGAAUUUAACAUGCUAGUUGUCAUCUUAAAUUACUUGAAAGUAACUAAACCAGUGGUUUACAACCUUUUUCUUCAAUAUUGUCCACCGCAAUGUUCCCAUCCCUUUUUACCAAAGCAUUUACACGAGUUUUCAAGUUGUUUAUCUCUUACAAGUUAUAACUUCUGCCUAAUAUUUUGGUGUCCUUGGCAUAACUAGACAAAAUUUUGUUAUAAAAAUGCCCAGAGUUUUAAGAUUUUAUUAAUUAGGCUACAUAUGGCCUUUCUCAAUCUAGACAUCACGUUUCUUAAAAUUAGGCUACCUCAAAAUGUCCAGGGAUUUUUUUCAAGACAGAAAGUGAAGAGGGGGGAACAGCUUUGAAGGUGAACUUAAAAUGAAGCUGAAUUAUGUUGGUUUUUAGUAAUGAAAAUAAUGCUUCUUUUGCCUUAUUUGAACUAUUUUAAGCCACAGUGCUCAGAACCACUGAUACAAACCUAAAUUCACUCAUUUUAAUGAGACUACAUUCAAGAGAGCUUUUAAACCAAUAAAUGCAUUUGUGGAAAUGUCAUAGUCUCUUUUUUUUAAUUAGGAAAUGUCUUAUUAAUCUUCGUCAGAUUUCAGUUGCACAAGUAAACAAGAACAAAAUCAUGAAACUGCUGGUGUUUUUAACGAAUCGUUUGAAUGAAUAAUUCAACAAACUCUUUCAAAAUGCUCACCUAUAGCGCCAUCUACAGGCAGAGCCACUGAACAGAUCAGUGAAUGAAUCUUUUUGGUGAACUGAUUCAAAAGAGUCGCGACUCUGAAAAUCUCACUUCUAGAUUAUUGAAUAGUGGAGCUAGAGAGAGAGUCGCUUGACUUGAGAUGAUUUGUGAUGCAGCGGCUCACGUGUCCUACAGAUCACCUGUGUUUGCGUUUGUAAAAUUGUCUAUAUUGGAUUAUAAUGUGGUGUCUUAGCAAGUGUGAUGAACAACGAACACUUAGCGUUUGAAAACAAGACGGCUUUGCAGUAUUAAUACCAGAUGAAUCCUCGCGACAUCAGGCUCAGUUGACCUUAGAGACUGAGAUUAUGGCUGAGCUAGCCAUUUAAUACCAAACAACAUGAAGACGUUGAAUUGAGAUCACAAUUACCUGACGCUCAUACACCUGUCCGUCUGUCUUAUCUAAAUAUUUACGUUACCUAAAUCUAUCAAAAAAAUUGUUCGUAUCAUCAGCAGUUGGAUCUAAAUUGAUAACACAGAUUUCUAAAUGUGUUUUAGUCUGAAGUUGCUACCAGCAUGUGGCAGUAUCAGCAUCCUGAUUUUGCAAUAUUCCUGCUUGGUGAACUUCAGCAGCAGCAGCAGGGAAGCAUCUUCUGUGACACACUUCUGCAGACAGACGGUGUUUGUAUUCCUGCUCACAGUUGUGUGUUAGCUGCUCUAAGCCCAGUCCUGUCAAGAGUCCUUUCCACUUCCCCUGCUCCACAGGCAGGGCAGAACAGGCUUCUGAGCCUCGAGGCUGUAGGAUCUCAUGCCUUACUAAAGCUAGUUAAGUUCCUGUACACGGGGGAAAUGGAGAUCAAGAGUCAGAGCGAACAUGAGGAGGUAAUGGCUGCUGCCUUCAGACUCGGACUUAAAAACCUUUUGGAACAAAAGAGAGUGUGCGUGAAAAGAGGAGUUGAGGAUGUUGUGAGAUGUUGGAGAGAGAUUGGUGUACAGACAGAAGAUGUGAAUAGCCAGGAAAGUGAAAUCGUGUCUGAGCCAUUAAGGAUACAGAGCAGUACUCUUCCAGUGCAAGCUUGUGGCUUAUCGGAAGCUGAUUUGUCCUCAUUGUCAUUACUUGAUGAAGCUAGUCCAACUGCAGGUUUUAAUCGGACCGGUAAUGCUGCUGUUCCUUCCCUCGCUGACGUGACAGAAUCAUCUGUAAUAAAUCAUAAUAAAACAAAGGCUAAGAAGAGGUGGAAAAUGGCAAAGAGAGAAAGCCAAUUAAAAAAAUUAACUCGGCAACAAAUUAAUGUUUCAGGCAAAAACUUUCAGAAACUUUUAGAGGCAGAUAACAGACAAAAAAGUGCUACUGCUGAACAAAAGGAGGCCAAAUUGGACCAGCUUAAAGUUAGGAUAAAACUGAGGAGGAGCGGAGCUUGCUGGGAGAGCAACCUCCUUGUUUCUGUCCAAGGUGAGAGCGAGAAGAACCCAGAAGAAAUGAAAGAGUGUGGACUUCAAACUCAGAGCUGCCCACCUAGUGUACUUCCUGGUCAAAGUCUUGUAACUCUCACCCCACCGACGGAUCUGCCUAUUUCACCCUCCAAUUCUUCCACACACGCCUCUUCAGAUAAAUGUCUUCAUACUCCACACCAUGUUUCUGUCUCUUCCCCUUUGGAAAUACCAAUUUUACCUUCAAGCCCUCCCCAAGCAGAUGAAUCUGAUGAACAUAUUGCAAAGAUGUUGGAUGAUAUGUUGAUGGAUUUAAACAUCCUGCCAUUGAUGCCAAUAGACAGAAAUCUGGAUGAGCAAGAGCAGCUAGGUCCUCUUCAGGAUCCAAAAGGUCAGCAGAGGGCUGCUGAGGCCUCUGCUCAAGGUGCUUGUCUUUAUAUGCAAAGCUGUGAGCCAGAGAUGAAGGGAUCUGAUGUUAGCAAAACAGCAGUACCAGUUGGGUCGCCAGGACAAAGAGAUGAAGACCACUCAGGCGUUCAUAAUCAGUCAAGAUCCAAUACGUUCGUGACUCCGUCUCCUGGACAGGACGACUUGAACAAAGAUAAGAAUCUGGCAGGUGGGGCAAGAAACUCCACUCCCUCCCUGGUAGAAGAUUUGUUUUUAACCCCAAACGCCACAGGUGUCCUAGCUAACCCUUCUCCAGCUGCAGGUGAAAUGCUAAGCCUUGGUAUGACCAGCAUACUGGACAACAGGCCAGAAUUCAAACUACUACGAUGCCUUUCCCCCCUUCAAUCAGAUAAGGGAGACAGUGAUGUUCCUACUCAAGAACCACCACACAGACAGGACCUAGAAAUGCAAAACCUUCCCUUGUGGCUUUCUGAGUCACCACUGAAAUUGGACUUCCCUCUAAGCCUAAUGAUUGAUUCCUCCUACCCACAUUCACAGCCUGACCUCAUCGCCUGCCAAAAUCGAUCGUGCCCUGACCUUGCAGAAAAGCAAGAAUUGAAGACUUCCUUUUUACAAGAUGAUUUAAUGAGUGGGAGUAGUUCAAACACCAUUCAGCAUGAUGUGAAAGAUGCUUGUGAGCUCCCAAAGCAGAGAAAACGAGAAGACGUAGGCUUGCAACUCGAAAGUCAGAAGUGAAUGGGGAUAC